AUGAGAGUCGAUUUUCAUUAUCUCCUUUCAAGUGAAGAGUUUGAAUGUCUAGAUUUCCACGAUCUCACUGCCUUGGGUCCCGAAGAAAGGCAAACCGUCGCGCGGGCCUUACGCAAGCCUCUGGCUCUGCUGUUAGACAACGUGGAUUAUCAACACCAUCAGGCGCCCGCAGACACAAAGCUUCGUCAAGACUUGCUUGACUGGUUAAAAGAGAAUGGUAUUAUGGCUAUGUUUCCCGGAAAGGAACAGAGACUUCAGUUCAUCAUUGAUUGCUCUGCUGAGUCUUCUGAGUACUACUAUCCGCUCCCGCUCUGGAAACACGACACCAGACUCGUUAUGGCCAUCGUCACCGCACUUUAUGUGCUCUCAGAUGACGAUGCAGUUCUCAACCCGGAUGAGCGCAAAAGUUUAGCGUCUUUUUCCUUCAACCACUUUCAGCACCUCACUGAAAACAGCCAGCUGUGUAUUGCUAUAGGGAAAGCAUUAGCGAUGGUUGUGGACCAUUUCGGAUCUCAGGAUCCACUCGUUGGAAGCCGUUGUGGGCAAAGCUUUACAGGGUUUUUCGACUCCUGUGCUGAGGAGGAACGUUUAGAGCAUGAGUUGCCUAUCCAUCUCUCCCACGGUCACCACAAGCGACCUCACUCGAGCUCUCAGAGAUGUUCAGCGGAAGAAUUCCCUACCCAUCUUCGAGUCUCCACCGGUAGUGCUCUAUUGUAUGUGGCUCCAAUAUUUAAAAAGGGUCGCACAGAUGAAGUCCCUUACAUGUUCUGGAUCUCAACCAUUCCUGAUAUGUGCUACUUCAUCAACAAUGUAAACGAUCUGCUGUCUUUCCCAAAAGAAGUUAUUGCUGGGGAGACAUGGAACUACAUGUCCAUGACCACGCGGACAAAGCGACAAGCAGGCAGACAGUCUAUGUUCAAAUCCAAGCAUGGCACGUUAUGGACAUAUCGUGAUACAUUGUGUGAAACACUCUCGGGACUGCGACAGCGGAGCAUUGCGCUAGAUGAAGCUUUCACCAGCUGUGUCCUCUUUGAAGGUCAGAAGGGCCAACAUGAUUUGAAAGGAGAGAGUCAAAAGGCAGCACAGCUCUGGAAUGCCUUCAAACACGGCUUUAUUUGCUGGCAUCUCAACUGCUACAGAUACGGAUUGCAAAAUCUCCCUUUUGAAAAGUUCACGUCAAGCCAAAAGCCCACUGGUGAGAGGGAGUUGGAACCAAGCCUUGGAUUUCUAUCUGCCCUAUCCUCAAGGUUCUCAAGAUUGAUCUUACUCCUCUUUUUGACAAUUGUGCUAUUUUCAAUUGGCCUCCUUAACUUCUACUGGUCUCCCUUUCAUCUCGCUGAUUGUGGAGUAUUAGCUGUUGAUGGAAUUUGA